GCGCAAAUUCGGCCAGCAGCAAAGCGCAACAGAAGCGCAUGCUAUGUUUACAUAAAGGAUGAUGAUGAUACCUAGGAUGUGUAAACUGCUUAUGCCCGAACUCGUUGCGCUCUCGUUUUGGGUAACCAGUAUCGGUCUCCAUUUUUGUCUGCGGGCAACUUUAGCAAGGGCCAAUACUCAUCAUCUCAAUAGCAAUCACCGUGUUUUUCAAAGGCCAGGAUCAGUCUACAAGAACGCUAGCCGAUUACCUCAGUGUUCGCCUCAAGCAGCUCUCCAUCAUCUGCACCUAAGGAGUACCAGGCGACCAUUCGCUCCGCCUGCUUUCCUCGUUCCUUGACAAUCACCUGCUAUGGAUCGACAACGCGAAUGACCUCAUUGCUGCCUAUAGCGUUGAUAGUUUCGUUAGGACAUUGGGCAGCAAAACACCCAGUGUGCUGGCUACCACCAUGG